AUGGUGUGCAGAGCAGAGGCAGCCUCCGCAGAGGCGGCAUAUGCCUUCUCUGCUAUGUGGGCGGUCAUCCGGCAAGGUUUAGACGGCAGCACCGCCUCGGAUCGCAGCGAUGAUGAAGACGGACCCAGCGGCGUGGCAGCGGCGCGGCAGCUUGCGCGGCUCGCUGGCGGUGGCGGGACGCUGCCUAACAAAAUCUUCGAGGGCGGCGACUCUCCGAGCCUUAAGCACCCGCACCGGAAGGUCUUCGCAGUGCGGGCAACAGUAAACCAGUUGGCCCAUGCCUUGCAUCAAGAUGAGGAUUUAGACGCAGGCAGUCUGGUGUGUGUCAUGUGGCCAAAAGCAAAAUGUGCCCUUCUGCGAGAUGACUUGGUGCUUGUGGACAGCCCUGGCAUUGAUGUCACAACAGAGUUGGACAGCUGGAUCGACAAUUUCUGCCUUGAUGCUGAUGUGUUUGUGCUGGUGGCCAACUCAGAAUCCACUUUAAUGCAAACAGAGAAAUCUUUUUUCCAUAAAGUGAACGAGCGACUCUCUAGCCCCAACAUCUUUGUUCUGAACAACCGCUGGGACGCCUCAGCCAACGAACCAGAGUACAUGGAAGAGGUGAGAAGACAACACAUGGACCGCUGCACUAGUUUUUUGGUAGAUGAGCUGCGGGUGGUGGACCGUGCACAGGCCAGCGACCGGAUCUUCUUCGUCUCUGCUAGAGAAGUCUUACAGGCGCGCAUUCAGAAAGCUCAGGGCAUGCCUGAAGCAGGUGGUGCACUGGCUGACGGUUUCCAAGCGAGAAUGUUUGAGUUUCAGAACUUUGAAAGACGCUUUGAGGAAUGCAUCUCACAGUCAGCAGUGAAGACAAAGUUUGAGCAGCACACAACGAGAGCCAAGCAGAUUUCUGAAGCCCAGCGUAAGAUAAUGAACUCUGUGCACGUUGCAGCACAAGAGCAGAGGAUACAUUGUUUAGAGAUGAAGGAGGAGAAAGAGGACAGACUGGAGUUUAUAGAAAAACAGCUGGAUCUGCUCACCCUGGACUGCAAGACCAACAUUAAGAAGAUCACAGAGGAGGUAGAGAAACAGGUGUCCAAUGCUAUGGCAGAGGAGAUCAGGAGACUGGCUGUGCUUGUGGAUGACUUCCACAUAGAUUUUCAUCCAUCUCCAGUGGUGCUGAAAGUGUAUAAGAACGAGCUUCACAGACACAUAGAGGAUGGUUUGGGCAGGAAUAUGUCAGAGAGAUGUUCCUCUGCUAUAACUGCUGCCCUACAAACCACACAGACUGAUAUGAUCGAUGGUCUGAAGCCCCUGCUGCCCAUUGGGGUUCGAGAGCAGGUGGAUAAGAUGGUGCCCAGACAAUGCUUUGCCCUCAGCUACGAUCUUAACUGUGACAAACUUUGCAGUGACUUCCAAGAAGAUGUUAGCUUUCACUUCUCUCUGGGCUGGACAAUGCUUGUCAACCGUUUCUUGGGUCCCAAGAACACACGUCGUGCCCUCAUGGGCUACAAUGACCAGGUUCCAAGGCCAUUGGCCAUCACUCCGGUCAGCACUAGUAUGCCUCCUUUCCCUCAGGGCACCAUGACCCAGGAAGAGCUCAUGGUUUCCAUGGUAACAGGACUGGCAUCCCUUACCUCUAGGACAUCAAUGGGUAUUAUUGUCGUUGGAGGAGUGAUCUGGAAGGCUGUUGGCUGGAGACUCAUUGCUCUCUCGGUGGGUUUGUAUGGCCUGCUGUAUGUCUAUGAGAGACUCACUUGGACAACCAGGGCCAAAGAGCGGGCAUUUAAAAGACAGUUUGUGGACUAUGCCUGUGAGAAACUACAGCUUAUCGUCAGUUACACUGGAUCCAACUGCAGCCACCAGGUUCAACAAGAGCUGGCCAGCACCUUCGCUCAGCUGUGUCAGCAGGUGGACGUGACCAGACAACAGCUGGACAAUGAGAUUCGUGACCUUAACAACAAGAUUGAGCAGCUAGACUCCUUGCAGAGUAAAGCCAAGCUGCUCAGAAACAAAGCUGGCUGGCUGGACAGUGAACUGAAUAUGUUCACCCAACAGUAUCUUCAACAGGGUCGAUAGAAAGAUUACUUGGGACCAACACUAUGAGCAGUGUAAAACAGUCUGAUUAUCUUUUAAUAUUUCUUACUGCAAAUAUUGUAACACUAUGCCAUGCCUGGAUAAAUACCAAAUAUAAUUUGUUAUUGCAUAUCUACAAUGUUUUAUUGGUAUUUUUUUUCUGAAAUUUGAGUCCUGACUUUAUAGUGAUAUGCCUCAUUAAAGAGAAUGUGCUUUGUUUAUUUUGUUUUGGCACAGAACACUUUUUUCAGUUUAAUACAAGAGUAACUACUAUUUAUUGACAUGAGGUCAUGUAACUUGAUCUCCUUGUAUGUUGUGGCUGUACGGAUUUCCAGGCUGAGAUUUCUCGGAAUACACCAGAAAGUUGCAAAAAGUAAGACAACCAUUUUAAAUUUGCUCUAACAUGUCUUGUAGGGUGUGCUGUACUACAAUGAACUAAAGUGGGAUUACUGCUUUAACAGAUUAAUAUAUGAAAAAUUAUUUAAGAUUAAUGUGUUGUCCCCAUUUAAGUCUUUUCGUGUAUUCAGAAAUCUAACUGUGUAAAAGAGUUUUUAAAAUGGCAAGAUCUCAGUUGAACUGGAAAGGAGGUUAACCUCGAUCGAAGUCUGUCAGAAUUCAGUGUAAAUACAAGCUCAGUGUUGCUCCGAUACCUGAAAUAGGAGCAAAAAUAAAUGAUAUAUUUCCCAAAGUCCUGGUUUGCCUAACUUAUUGUGCAACAAAAAAAGAAGUGAUUGUUUUGAAGAUACACCUGCUUUGUGCAAUAAACGUAUAAUAUUUUUUGCUUUGUUUGUGUACACCAUAGUAAUACUUAUUUAUUGUAUCAAUACUGGCACUAUAGACGGUUUCAUCUUAACAACAUAAACAAACGUUACUGCGCCUGCGCACUUUUGUGACCACAACUGAACUUCCGGUACACAUUCACAAACAAUUGAGUGCCUGUAGAUUAUUUCUGAUAACAAGCAAAAUAUAACGACAGUUACUUGUCUAAACUUGUCUCUCCAAUAUUUUGUAUUUGGACCCAAUACCAAGCUCAGCCGCUAGAUGUCAAUGUAACACGUGUUUUUCAAAUGCGACCUAACUACAGGACCCAUUCAACAAAUUGUUUAUUUAAUAAAAUGAACACAACAAAAUUCAACAAAUGCUUUAUUUAAUCCAAUUAUUAUACAGUAAAAUAAAAAUACAAAUAAAUAUGAACAUAAAUAAAAUAAAAUAUAAAUAGUUAUAUUAUUAGACACUAGCCAAACACAAACGGAAGAUAACUGGGGGUCAGGCAGAACGAUCUAUAUAUUUAGUCAAAAGUAAAUUGCAACGACCUAUCUGGCUUCUAUGCCAGGCUGUGUACCAAUUUAAGGUAAAUCCCAACAAUAAAUUUCCAGGACAUCAAAAUAUAUAUACUGUAUAUAUUUAGAAAUAAGCCUAAGAACCAACAUUGUUCAAUGCGAAACUUUUUAAAUUAAGCAUAUUUACCUAUAUAACACACAAAACGUGCUGAACAUGUUGUGUAUUUCUUUUGAAGUGUAUAACCUAUACAUACAUACAAUUGUGAGAUUUCAUUAUUUUAAUGAAUAGAGCUUUGAAUGUGUGAGCCUUUGUUAACCAAUCAAGUAGUCCCUCACAAAUCUAUGGUCUAUGGGAACGGUUUUGGUUUGGAUUAUGGUGUGCCAACUGUUUCAGAAAAUGAUAUAUGCACUUGUGUUUUGCUGCUUGUUUUGCAUUCAUUUUCCAGCAGGUCCAUAUAGGGAAUGGUACAGUGAUUUAUGUAAAAUGUAAUGUAUAGAUAAGCAUGCAGAGACUAUUGUAAAAUCAUGUGUUACUCACUAUUGCUGUUGGAUGAGAUAAUAAAGGUUUUCAAAAUAUUCUGCUGGCUUGGUUUUUU